UAAACUGGUGUCCAAGUCUUCACGUUCGGCGCCUAUUUGUGAUAUGUGGAGACAGCACCAAGCUCAUAACCAUUCUAACAAUCAAGCAACCUGUGGAAAGGCGCUACCCUGUGCAGAAAUCUGUGACAGUAGUAUCAGCUGAUAUCUCUUUAUUAAGAAGCUGUACAAAUAAAUACAGAAAUGUUUUUAAAAACUAAAUUGCAGUAUCUGAGAAGAAUAGCCAUAGUUUUGAAGAAUCAGACAAAUUCAUGUCGAAGAAGUAUUACCUCAUCAGGUGUGCUACUGAAACAUGACGAGUCACAUGAACAUCCCAUCAGCCGAUUCCCUGUACCCGAUGUCAAGGAGUUGCCAGAGGAUCUCAGGGAAAAGUUUGGAAAGUCAAAAUUUCUACCAAAUGUAUUUGGCGCUCUGUCAUAUCGACCUGAUGAACUGCGAGCAUUUAUCAACUACCACGAAGUGCUGAUGAGAGACAGUAGUAAUUUGACUAAAGCAGACAAGGAGAUGAUUGCUGUGGUUGUCAGUGCGGACAACCAGUGUCUGUAUUGUGUGGCUACUCACAGCGCCCUCUACAGGCUCCACUCACGCAACCCUGUCUUGGCAGAUCAGCUGUCUACCAACUGGAGAAUGGCAGAUCUGGACAUACGACAGAAAGCAAUCCUGGACUUCGCUACCACUGUUGCCGAAUGCCACUCACCAGCAGACGAGCAGUUCGAGCGGCUGUACGAGAAUGGCAUGAACCAUGAUGAUGCCUGGGAUAUCGGGUCACUGGCAUCCUUCCUGAGCAUGUCCAACAGACUAGCUCACUUCCUGCGCGUGAGACCCAACCCAGAAUUUUAUUUAAUAGGUCGAAUUCCAGCGGCUGAAAAGAAAGACAAGUGAUAGUUGGUAGUGGGUGCGGUGUGGUUGGACUAUCUGAAUAAUCGGAACUUCCCAACAAAGAUUCAGGCUCACCAGAUUUCCUUAAACAGAUGUAUUUCACUGACUAUUUUCUGAUGAUAACACAAGUUGCAAGUUUCUAAUUAUUA